CUCCAACCUGCUGCUCGGCCGCCCGCGCCGCCCGCCCGCGGCUCCCCAGGUUCCCGGGUCCGAGCCCCGAGCUGGGUGCCGAUGGAAGCGCCGCGAUGUUCGCGCCCCGGCUGCUGGAUUUCCAGAAGACGAAAUACGCGAGGUUCAUGAACCACCGCGUCCCUGCCCACAAGAGGUACCAGCCCACGGAGUACGAACAUGCGGCCAACUGUGCCACCCACGCUUUCUGGAUCAUUCCCAGCAUCCUCGGCAGCUCCAACCUCUACUUCCUGUCGGAUGACGACUGGGAGACCAUUUCUGCCUGGAUCUACGGCCUCGGCCUCUGCGGGCUCUUCGUGGUGUCCACCGUGUUCCACACCAUCUCCUGGAAGAAGAGCCACCUCAGGAUGGUGGAGCACUGCCUGCACAUGUUCGACCGGAUGGUCAUCUAUUUCUUCAUAGCAGCCUCCUACGCACCCUGGCUGAACCUCCGGGAACUGGGCCCCUGGGCCUCCCACAUGCGUUGGCUGGUCUGGAUCAUGGCCUCUGUUGGCACCGUCUAUGUCUUCUUCUUCCAUGAGCGGUACAAACUUGUGGAGCUGCUCUGCUACGUCGUGAUGGGCUUCUUCCCCGCCCUGGUCAUCCUGUCAAUGCCCAACACCGAGGGCAUCUGGGAGCUGGUGACCGGAGGGCUGUUCUACUGCCUGGGCAUGGUGUUCUUCAAGAGUGACGGCAGGAUCCCCUUUGCCCAUGCCAUCUGGCACCUCUUUGUGGCAUUCGGUGCUGGUACCCACUACUAUGCCAUCUGGAGGUACCUCUAUCUACCCAGCACCCUGCAGAGCAAGGUGUCCAAAUGAAGUGGCCCAGACUGCACGGGUCAUUUGGGCUUUUGGAGCGGAGCCUCAUGGGAAGUGUUUCUGCGAUCUUCAGCCCAGCGCAC